GUAACCUCAAUGUAAACAUCCCCUAACUUCCAAUCCCAUUCCAUUCCUUCCCCAACAACCGACCACCCUACCUGGUCUCUGGACAACGACUAGAUUGAUUUAUCGACACAAAAAAUGAGCUUGAUCAAUUGCCUGACCUGCCAGGACCUGCAAAGAACAAAUUCCGACAUCAAUAUAGAUUAUGAUAGAGUCGAUCCAAAGCCUCAUUUCCUGUCGGAUUUAACAUGUUGUUUGCGGAGCUGGUCGGAGAAUCCUCGGCCACCGCCAUACGAGCAAAUAUAUAUUUUCGUUAAGCCAAAAAAACCAUACGAGAGAGUAGGUGGAAGUGGGCCUCUCGUGACCCCGGCCAAGAAAGUGAUAAUGAAGAGUCACCGCCGGAUUAAUAGCACAGGAGCUGUCUCGUAUGAAACCGGCGGUGAGCCUAGGUUGGUUCGGAGCAGCGGAAUGAGGAGGGAUUGGAGCUUUCUUGAUGAUUUGAGGGAAGAGAAGAGAAUAUUAGAAAACUAACAAAUACCAUACGUAUUCAUGAGCAUGUGAACGCAUAUGCUAUAUACCACGGUUACACCAGGUCAGAUAUAUAAAUGCAACAAUUCGACUUCUCAAUAACAGUCGUGUUGUAAAUUCACAUGACUCACCAUAUGUUAUUCACUUUAUUCAUUAAAAUAUUUUUGACUCA